UUAUCAAUCUCAUUUCUGUCUCUGUCGCGUGGCACGUCUUAUGUAAAUAGGUGCUGUUAUUUCUGUAUAAAUUGAAUUUUUGUAAAAAAAAUCACGUUGUCAUCACACGCAUAACAAACCGUUUAUCGUACUCAAUUGGAAUAGUGUAGUCCGUCAUUUAGUUUAUUAUUAUUAUAAAUGAAAAUGGUAGAAAAAGACUUGAGAGAGGGUUUACUGCUGGGCAUUGGAAACCCCUUACUCGAUAUCAGUGCGGUAGUCGACAUGGCUUUCGUUGAGAAGUAUGGAAUGAAACCCAACGAUGCUAUCCUCGCUACUGACAAACACCAAACACUUUACAAGGAACUUAUAAAUAAUUAUAAAGCUGAAUACACAGCUGGCGGAAGUGUACAAAAUGCCCUUAGGGUGGCCCAAUGGGUCCUCGAGAAGCCGGAGAUCACAACUUUCUUUGGUUGUGUAGGUAAAGAUGAUUAUUCGAAAAUUUUGGAACGUAAAGCGCGUGAAUGCGGUGUUAAUGUUCAAUACCAAUACUGUGAUAACGAACCCACAGGAACAUGUGCGGUCCUUAUAACAGGAAAAGAAAGGUCAUUAUGUGCUAAUUUGGCUGCAGCCAAUCACUUUACAAGUGAACAUGUACAUAAACCCGAAAAUAAGAAGUAUAUUGAAAUUGCAAAAUUCUACUACAUCUCGGGCUUCUUUCUAACAGUUAACCCAGCCACAGUGCAAGAGGUGGCAAAUCAUGCCCUCGCAAAUGACCGCAUGUUCGUGAUGAACUUGAGCGCUCCUUUUGUCCCACAAUUUUACAUGAAACCCUUAAUGGAUGCCAUGCCCUACGUGGACAUUUUAUUCGGAAACGAAACCGAAGCAGCAACCUUUGCCAAAGAACAAAAUUUUGGAACCGACGACUUGAAAAAGAUCGCGCUAAUGAUAUGUGAUCUUCCGAAACACAAUAAAAAUCGGUUGCGAGUUUGCAUAAUAACGCAAGGCGAAAAUCCAGUCAUAAUGGCAUCAAACGGGGCCGUCAAAGAGUUCCCGGCCAUCCAGCUACCUCCCGAGAAAGUGGUAGAUACUAACGGAGCCGGGGACGCCUUCGCAGGUGGUUUCCUUGCCCAACUUGUCCUAGGCCGAAAUUAUGACGAUUGCGUGAAGUGUGGCAUCCGGACUGCAACAGAAAUUAUCCAGAGAUCCGGUUGUACUUAUUAGAAGUAAGUUGGAACACGUAUAAUAAGGAAACUACGUCGUUACCUUUCGGCAAAUAGCAAAGGAAUAUAGUCAAACUGCCUACUUAAACCGUUCGUAAGGUGCUCCCUCUAGCGACGAACGAGCAAAACCUAAUGUUUAAAUGAUAACUACAGGAACUGCGGCGGGCAAAUAGUAAAAGCAUACAACUCGGAUCGUUUUAAACUCAAAUUAACUAAACACCAACGUUGGAUUGAAAUAAAACGAUUAUAUUACAUUUAAGACAACCUUUAUUAAUGAAUGCAUACUGGUCAAUUGGGUUACAUGUACAGAACAUCAUUGAUAACUUACACAGUUAUUCAAAAGCACUUACAUUACCUAAACUAGAUUAAGUUCUUUCCAACGGCACUGCACCGCUCAGACUCAUCCCGGAGACAAGCACGAUUAAUUAAUUCUACGUGCAACAAAACGUAACAAAAGGUCUUAGAACAGUGCCGUGGGCUGGUUUAUACUGUGAUUACGUUUAAAGAUCGUUACACCUUUUUUUUCUUGUAUUUUGCUGAUUAUUAACUAGCGACAUAUAUUUUGAAUCCUUAUUGAAAUGUAAUAUUUAUUUAUUAACGUUAUUUGGGGUAUAAUAGUAGUAGUGUAAUGUAAUAGUAGCAGAUGCAAUAGUAGUAGUAAUAAUAAUAGUAAAGUAGUAGUAAUAGACAUCCAUAGAUCAAAUUUGAUUUAAUUUUGUCUAAAUUAUUUGAUAUCACCAUGAUAUUUGGCCUGGUCCCCUGAGUAUACCCUCCCCUAUUAUUAUUAUUAUGUGUGUAUUUAUUUAUUUAUAUAACUGCGAUAUAAACGCGUUUCGUGUUUCGAGAUUCGCUUUCAUUAAACAAUUUCAGAUCAGACCAAAGGAAACACGACUUUCCGCUCCGUUUUAAUAAUACCGAAGCUAUGCAGAUUUAUUGAGAAAGAACUAAGAGGCAAUAAUUAAUUAUUCGUAUUAUAAUGAUUAUUAUUAUUAUUAUUAUUAUUAUUAGGUGCCCAUCCACUUUUCGCGUGCGGUAUUAUUAUAAAUGUUCGUAUGUGUACACUUGAUUUUAAUUGUUUAAUUAGAUGGGAAUGCAGGUGUUGUGUGUAUUUAUCGUAUGUUUAGAAUUUCCUGUUGCACAUCUACGUGUUUCUGUCCAUUAUUUCAUAUUCAAUACGGUAUUGUUAAUUUUUCUUGCAUUCAUUAGUCCGCUGUUCAUAUUGAUGACUAUUAUUAUUAUUAUUAAACAAAAUAUGGGAUACGUUUUUAAUAUCGGUAGUUGUUUGUUGAGUAUGACACUAAAUUAUUUAUUUAUUUAUUAAUUAUGAGAUCGAAAAUAGUAAAUGAUGAAUGGUUUCUUAUCGUUUAAUUUCGCAAUCAACACACAUCUACAUAAUUUUGGAUACUAAUUUUCUUUUUUUUUUUUUUUAAUUUAACUAUAGCUUCUGCAACACCUUCAA